AUGUACCCUAAAAAGAUUAAUAGAACUUUGCAUGUUGGAAAACAUAUUUAAAAAGAUGAUUCUGUUAAAUCUUUGAUAAGUGACAAAUUGAUUUAAGAUUAUGGAAAAAAGAAUUAAUUGAAUGUGAAUGUAACUUACUUAUGUGAAAACAUUAGUUAAUAAUGGCUUAUGUAGAAGAUUUUUUUGCCUGUUAUAAAGCAAGUGAAGGAGCUGUAAGAGCACUUAAAGAAGAAAUAAAGGAGGCUAUUUUAAGACCAGAAAAUGAAAAGCAAUUAAUGAUAUCAAGAUUAAAUCAGCGAAUUUCUCGUAUAAUUUUAAUAUCAUUAUGUUAGGAAAGUAGAAAGAGGAAUAAUUAAAAUUAUUGACAAAUCCAAAGACUAGAAUAUCUAUGCCUGAACAAUUAGAUUAGGAAAAAAAUAUCUAUAGAUUGCAAAAUAAAACAGACAAUAAUUCAUAAAUUAAAUUAGCUAACACGUUACCAGCUGAUUUAUUGGAGUAAAGAAGAACAUCAAUUUAUUAAGUUGAUGGUUCUGUAGAUGAAUGGGCUGCUAUUAUAAAAUAUGAUACAUUGUAAUUUUAAAAAGAAAUGGAAGAAUAAAAAAAACUUAUGUUUAUUAAUAAAUAAAAAAUAAAAGAUGAAUUGGAUAGAUAAGUUGCAGAAAAAGAACAACGAAAAUAAAAAGAAAAAUUGGAUGAUCAAAAUUAUUAUUUUACUAGUUAAUAAUAAUUGAUGGAAUUUGAAAAAUAGGAAGAAAUAAUCAAAGAAAAUAAAAAGAAAUAAUUACUAUAAGAAAAAAUUAUUAGAGAUUAAUAAGUUUAUGUUGAUAAAAGAAAGAAGUAAUCAUAUUAUAUAAAAUAGAAAAGAGCAGAAUUUUAAUACUAAAUAAUAAGAAGAAGAAAUGCUUUAUAAAGUGAAAGAAGAAUUAAAAGCAGAAGAUUAAUAAUAGAAGCGUAAGAGAUUAGAAUAGAAGGAGAAAUUCUAAUAGAUUUUAAAAUAGAAUGAAAACUUGAGGAAAAAAGUAAAGUGUAUUUGAAAAAUAGGCCCAAGAAGAAAUCUUAUAAAGCAAAGAAUAUGAAAAACUUUUAUAAGAAUAAUAAGUAAUUAAAGAACAACUUGAAAAUGAAAAAAAAGAGAAAUUUAAAAAAGAUAAAGAACAAAAGAUUUAAUAAUUGAUGAAUAAUUAUAGUGAAUUUAUUAUGAAAUCUAAAAAGGAUGAAAAAUCAUAAGAUGAUGAUUUAUAAACUAAAAAAAAUAGUGAACAUAAUAAUUUUUUAGAUUUUAAAAACAAAAACAAUAAAAAAGAAUAAUAGCUUUAAGUUUCUUAUGAUUUAUAGAAUCAAAUUCUUGAAAAAAAACGAAGAUAUACAUAAGAAGUAAAAGAAAAAAAAAUCUUUUUUGAAUAACAAAUACAAGAAUAAAAAUUAUUGAAAAAACAAGAUCAAGAAAGAAGAAAUGUAUUUGAUUUAUACUAUUGUUUUAAUAGAAUAUCAGAUAAAUGCAUAUAUAAAAUGCUGAAGAACUUAAAAAAUAAAUGGCAAAAGGUUAUUUAAGUACAUCUCCUAAAAGAAAAUCAAGUCCCAAUGAAGGAAUGGUGGGAUAAGAAUUACUUCAAAAUAAGAAAAUACUUAAAAAAAUAGCUAAUGAUAAUUCUAUCGGGAUACCUAUAAAAAAAUAAGAAAUAUCUAUUCCUGAAUGA